CACAAGUUAAAAUACCAAAAAAAUCACAGUUAUGAAAAUUUACCACUUCACUUGUAGUUUCUGACACAGUACCUGAAGAUCUAUUUGCAGAUUGAAUGCCGCUCCCCAGAUUUAUAGAUACCUUCAUUUCAUAAGUUAAUUUCUUUUUAAGCUUUUAUUGGUUUUUAGUAUGUCAUUGUGUCUCCCAGAGGACAUAAUUACCAGGAAACCUACAGUGAUCAGAAGACCAACAAGAAGGCCGGUGCUGAAUAAUGAUCUGCAUUUAGGAGAUGCUUUUGGUGGUGGUGACAUCUCAAGAAAACCUUUAUAUCCACCCCUUCCACCACGACCAGGAAGCCACAGUGAUUCUGGAGGCUUUAGUGACCUAGAUCUCCUCGAUGGGAAGCCAUUACCACCACAGCUAUCAGGUGAAGAUGAGCAGCAUUUCAAUCAUGGAGGAAAUACUGAUUCAGGAUUAAUAGCUGGAGUUACAUCACCUAUAAUUUCUGCUUUUGUAAUAUUAGUUGUUGGAUCGAUAGCAGCCUACUCAGCUUAUAAGAACAAGAAGCUUUGUUUUAAGCCACAACGUGGGGCUACAGUGUAAUGUGCUGAAAGUUACCCAAAGAUGACGGGCUUCUCUGGUUGGCGACAUUAUCUUAACAGAUUGCUCUUCUAAACUGAUGGUUUCCUUGGUCCAGAAAAGGAGCAUUCA